AUGGACGUGGAUCACGAAUAUUUUCUAGCCAGCUUUGACCUCGAUGAUGACAGGGAAAAAGCCAUUAAUGGCGGACCGUGGAUGAUCUUCGAUCACUAUCUCACGGUACGCCCAUGGUCGCCAAAUUUUUCAGCCCAAGACGACUCCAUCAACAAGACCUUAGUGUGGGUGCGUUUCCUAAACUUGAAUAUGAUGUUCUACGUCGAGAGCGUAUUAUUAACUAUAGCCUCCGUUAUUGGGAAACCGUUAAAGGUGGACCUGCACACUGCCAACAUGCUGCGCGAAAGAUUUGCACGCGUUUGCGUGGAGGUUGAUUUGAAUACCCCUGUUGUGGGUAAGUUUAAUUUGAAUGGAAAGUGGUAUAACAUCGAAUACGAAGGCCUACAUUUACUAUGUUCUAAUUGCGGCUGCUAUGGUCAUGUUAAUUGGAACUGCUCAUUGAAGACGACGGAGGAACAAGGGCCAACUCCAGCAGGCGAGGCUACUGCUUUAGGGAAUGAUUCUGUUUCUAGGAAUAAUGCAAAAUCUAUCUCAUGCAAUAUCUCUGCCACAAAUCAAGAUAAGUCUGUUAUCUCCGCUCAUGGUGAUUGGCUCGUUGUUAGGAGGAAAAAGAAAUCAAAUAUUCAGAAAUCUUCCAAAGAUUUUGUUCAAAAUAACUCAAAUUCGAACAAAGGCUUCACUUUCCAAUCUAGUGCGGGUCGGAGCACCGCUAAUAACCCUAAAGCUACACCCAUGCAUGCAACCCCCAAAUCCACCUCGUCACGUGGGAUUAAACAAACCUCGUCACGUGGGUUCAUUAAGAAGAUUGACCCCACCACCUUAAUGGGGUCCACUCGUCAAACUUCCACACAACAAGGGAGUCAAGAAAAAAAGCGUCAUCGUAUGGAUUCAAGUCCAAUUUCUACUGGGCCUACUUUACCUAAACAAAUGACGUCAACUGCUGGGCCCCCUCUACUCACUCAAAUAACGUCGACUUUCUCCUCUACUCAAGUCAUGCAUGAUGAUGAGGUCCAGGUCAUGUUAGAUGGGGGGACAAUGCAUGCUUUAACACAUGUUGAAGGUAAUCGAUAUUCAAUGAAGUUGGAUGAUGUUGACACUGCAGAUGAGCGCAAAGGUAUCCCUGAUUCUAGCUGUAAUGAGGUCCAUGGGCCAGAUAUUAUGGUGGUCUAA